UGGCACUGCGGUCACACAACGCCAAGGUACGUGUCCAAAAUCAUGAAUCGAAAGUAAAUCAACAAUGCUGCUGCUGCGGAACGUAAAUACUCGCUAAACUCGUGAAAUUGGCCAAGUGCGAGUCACAGGUGCUCAGUUUAGUGCGCUGGGAAAACCACAUUCAGAUGCACUUCGUCGGCGAAACGGAGAACAACUGAGCACGCAACAACAAACACCCAGCAACAACAACAACAACAAGAGGAACAACGGAGAGCGGAGCGCCACUUACAGCAACAGUCACAAAAAUAGCAUCACUCAUCUACGGAUAAAAAAUAAUAAUGACUACACGCAGAGUCCAACGAAAUCUUUGGGCCUCCGGUUUGGUGGUCGUCAUCCUGCUCCUCUAUUGGACGGACUCCACAAGGGGAUACUUUGCCGCAAUCGAUGAGAAGGAAACUAGCAAAAACUGCUUCUGCGAGUUGGAGGGAUCUAUAAACGACUGCAGCUGCGAUGUGGACACGGUGGACCACUUUAACAACAUGAAGGUGUAUCCCCGGCUGCAGAGUCUGCUGGUGAAGAACUUCUUCCGCUUCUACAAGGUGAACCUGCGGCAGGAGUGUCCAUUCUGGGCGGACGACAGUCGCUGUGCGAUCCGCUUCUGCCAGGUGGAGAACUGCGAGGAGCAGGCGAUUCCCCAGGGCAUCAAGGACAAGGGCGAGCACAAGGAGAAGGCCGCCUUUAAGUACACGCGGGAAGCGCAAGUGGAGGGCGGAGCCUGUUCGGAUGGCGAGGAUUUCGACAGCUCGCUGGGAUUCCUGGACACGAGCAUCAGCGACCAGGCGCACCGCGAAUUCGAGCUGUGGGCCAAGCACGACGAGGCAGAGGAGGACUUUUGCAUAGUGGACGACCACGAGGAGGGCUCCCAGUAUGUGGAUUUGCUUCUAAAUCCCGAGCGAUACACCGGCUAUCGUGGCGAGUCAGCGCACCGCAUCUGGAAGAGUAUCUACUUGGAGAAUUGCUUCGGUGGCAACAACGAGACGGCCAACAAGUUCUCCAAUUAUGUGCCCCAUUUGGAUCUGCGGGACGUGUGCCUGGAACAGCGCGCCUUUUACCGCAUUAUCUCGGGUCUCCACUCUAGCAUAAAUAUCCACCUGUGCUCCAAGUACCUGCUGUCCGAGUCCAAGGACUUCCUGGAUCCGCAGGGCAUCUGGGGUCCCAAUGCCAAGGAGUUUAAGCGACGCUUCAGUCCGGAAACCACAGGCGGUGAGGGUCCGCACUGGCUGCGCAACCUGUACUUCAUCUAUCUGGUGGAACUGCGUGCUUUGGCGAAGGCUGCUCCCUAUUUGCGUCGCGAGGAUUACUACACGGGCAUAGCCGAGGAGGAUGAGGAGGUCAAGCUGGCCAUCAACGAUAUGCUGAGUGUAGUAGAAAAUUUCCAAUCGCACUUCGACGAGAACGCUCUCUUUAGCAGCGGCAUUGCUUCCAUUAAGUUCAAGCACGACUACAAGGAGAAGUUCCGCAACAUAUCGCGCAUCAUGAGCUGCGUGGGUUGUGACAAGUGCAAACUGUGGGGCAAACUGCAGACCCAGGGACUGGGCACAGCUCUGAAGAUCCUCUAUUCGGAAAAGCUCAAUUAUGCCACGGAAAGUGGCCUCUGGGACAAGCCGCACAUCGAAGCGGAUCCCAUCUUUAGGCUGUCGCGUACAGAGAUUGUGGCGCUCUUCAAUGCUUUUGGCAGAUUAUCCAACAGCAUAUACGAGAUGGAGAACUUCAGGCGCGUGCUGAGGUAA